AUGAUGGCCCAAAAGAGACCCAGAAGUGAGAGUGACGAGCUGCCUGCCAUGGAUAACAUUGCCAGGAACAAGAACAACCACAAGGAUCCUUUGCUCUCCAAGCACAAGAAAGUGGAGAGAGAUCACACUGAACUGUUGAAGGGCAUCAAACCCGAAAGCCUGCAUUGUAACUUCUCUUCUGACUUUCCAUCAUCUGUUUUCAUCUCACCAGUGAAACAUAGAGAGAAAGGGGGCCUGGUCUCGGUGGGGUACGGAGACGACGACUUCACCCGCCUGGAUGGGGACGAGGACGGGUAUGAAGAAGAGGAUGAUGAGAACAGCAGGCAGUCAGAAGAUGACGAUUCAGAGACUGAAAAACCUGAGGCUGGUGACCUAAAGGAAUUCUCAGAACUGGAGAAAAGAGAUCCUCAGGAGCUAGUUGCUUCUUUUUCAGAGAGAGUGCGGAACAUGUCUCCAGAUGAGAUCAAAAUCCCUCCUGAGCCUCCUGGCAGAUGUUCUAACCACUUGCAGGAUAAAAUUCAAAAGCUAUAUGAGAGGAAAAUAAAAGAGGGCAUGGAUAUGAACUACAUCAUUCAGAGGAAGAAGGAGUUCCGCAACCCCAGCAUCUAUGAAAAGCUGAUCCAGUUUUGUUCAAUUGAUGAACUCGGUACGAAUUACCCAAAGGACAUGUUUGAUCCUCAUGGCUGGUCAGAGGAUUCAUACUAUGAGGCACUAGCUAAAGCCCAGAAGAUUGAAAUGGACAAAUUGGAGAAGGCCAAGAAGGAACGCACAAAGAUUGAAUUUGUGACUGGCACUAAAAAGGGUACGACAACAAGCGCCGCCUCUACAACAACCACAACAGCCAGUACCACUGUGGGAGAUGCCCAGAAGAGGAAGAGCAAGUGGGACUCGGCCAUCCCUGUAACGACGAUAGCUCAGCCCACCAUCCUCACCACUACUGCAACACUGCCAGGCGUUGUCACAGUGACAACCAGCGCAAGUGGAUCCAAAACUACAGUCAUAUCAGCUGUUGGCACCAUUGUGAAAAAGGCAAAGCAGUGACUGGUGUGCUGGGCCUGGAUUUUUGGACUUAAUUGUCAUUGAAGCCAUUGUUCUCGGAAGGGAGGGGUAGCUUUCGCCUUUGGUAAAAGAUGACAAGAUUCUUUGAAACAGACCACAGUUCCCUAUUGAAAGAAUGGGGGCAGGAGCAGGCAUGCCAGCUGUGUGCCCACAGGAAUGGACCUCUGCAGAAAAUGCCUCUGUCUUUUCUUGCUGUGGGAAGAAUGAGUCUGUGUGUGUUGUGCUGGAGGAAGGUACUAUCUGGAGUCAGGCUGUAAAAGUUAGCUUAUUAAAUUACUGCGUUAGGUUCUUCUUUCCUACUUGCAAGUCUGGUUUAGGGGAGGAAGAAAAAAAAAAGGCGAGUAGUGAGGAAUAUCGGUAUUACCCUUGUGUAUUCCAGGUCAUGCUCAAAGGCUGCUAGCAGCUUGUGAUACGUACCUCCCUCACGUAUGCUAACUCAGUUCCAAGGGAAUUAAAGCGGAGACAAUUGGUCAGUGUCCAUCUUCAAAUGUGUAGCAGAGACUUGAAGUGAUCUACAUCUAUGAAUGCAGACUCACUCUUUGUUACAGUACUGACAUCUGUACCUGUGUGCAUAUCUGUGUAGAUCUUAGUGACCACGUGUUAAAUAGUUGAACUAUUGAGGAAACUGUGCUGAAAUAGUCUUGUUACCGUCUUGCAGGGAUGGAGAUUUCUAUGCAGAACCUAUAAGCUGUAGAGGUUUGAUUUGUGAACUCAUUUGCAAAGAUAACUCUUCCAUUGCCAUGGAAUGAGAUUGGACAGCAGAUAAGCAGAGGAGAGUGUCUGAUCUUGAUUGUGAUAUUGUCCAUCUUUGUACUAGAUAGUGAUGUACUGUGAAAUGCACACGUGGCAGUUACUGCUUGCUCUGCUGUUGUGAAAAAGUAUUUUCAGUUGAAAAUUUUGUUGUAUAAAUCUUCUUACCUGUGUAGCAAAAAAUUAUUAUAAAAAUGGAA